CUAAUGGUUCCGUUAAAUUGUUACAUCAGCAACAUGCGUCGAACAUUUCUAAUGUGAACUUCAUAAAAAGGUUGGAUGCAAAGUGCACUUUGUACGGAGGCUCAGCACGAGAGCAAACCCAGCGUAAAGUUUGUCAUUGCAGCGUAGAGGAGGGCAACUUACACCGGUGGUUUUUAACUUGUGAUAUAUCUUUUAACAAUGAAUGACACAUCCGAAGAAAGCGUUGAUGUGUUGGUCUCUUAUGACGAUUUCAACUAUACCUACAGUUACCAAGACAGCCUGGACUGGCUACCUCUGAAUGAACUGGUACCCUGUGUAACAUUCUACGUCAUCAUUGGACUGUUGGGAAUUACCGGGAAUUCUCUGGUCAUUAUAGUCAUUUUGGCGCUCCCCAGGACGAGGAAUAUAACUAACCUGUUCCUGUUGAGCCUGGCCUCGGCAGACCUAUUGCUCGUACUUGUUUGUGUUCCAAUCAAGUGCGCCACCUUUUUCUCCUACACGUGGCGGAUGGGCGCCUUCCUGUGUAUCUUCACCCACUUCACUCAGACUGUCUCCAUGGUGUGUUCUGUCAUGACCUUGACCGUGAUGAGCAUAGAGAGGUUUGUGGCCAUCGUGUACCCUCUACGUGCACGGUCCGUCUGCACGGUUCGUCACGCUAGAGUUGUCAUUGGUGUCAUCUGGACACUCUCCUGUGUCCUCAGUGCUCCUGUACUUUACAUUCAGGACCUAAAAGAAGUGGGGCAUCAAAUCAAGGCCUACUGGUGUAUAAAGACGGCCCAGUCCCCCGUCCACAGCCUGCUGUUUGAGGUCUACAUGUUUGUCAUCCUGUUCAUCGUACCUAUUACAAUCAUGGUGAUCUCGUACAGUCGGAUAUCUCACGAGAUUUGGAACGUAUCCUCCAGGCGAGCAUCGCUGUCAGCGAGAAGACUUGAAGAAGUUAGAAUAAGGUCAAAACGUUAUUCGAAAGAAAAUGGCGCCUCGCAAGAACUGAUAACGAAAAAGCGAAUAAAUGACGCUCAGAUCAUAUCUAACGAUGCUAAAACAAGAAAACAGGUCAUCCUUAUGCUGAUAGUCAUAGUACUAUUCUUCUUCUUAUGCUGGGGGCCCAUACUUCUGAACAACUUAUUGGUGGCCUUAAAUGUCCUGGAUAAACUGAACAUAGGCUUCCUGAAGCCGAUGAGGAUGGCCUUUCACCUCUUGUCCUACUCUAACAGUUGCGUUAACCCCAUUGUCUAUGGCAUCAUGUCCCACAACUUUAGAGACCGUUUGCGGAGGACCCUGUCUAGAAGAGCGACCAGGAGCCGCAGUCUGACGGCCACAAGUACAUUUCAAAGCAGAUCGUCUACAAUGAGGCGUCGGCAAAAUUCAAACUACAGUAAAACACGGUUAUAACAAAGCCUCUGGGACGAGCGACUUUGAUUCGCUGUAAACGUUAUUCGGUAUAUCCGAUAAGUAAUAGUACAGUCUUCGCUGUAAUCGUGUUUUCGAUGUAGCUAUGUUACAUAUUUAUCAUUAUGUGACUGUAAUGUGACUGGCAACAUCCGGGUUUCAUCAUCUCAUGGAUUCAUACCUCAUUCAAAGGAGGUCCACUCUGAUUGACUUUUGUGACAAGUUUUAGUAAAGCCCUGACACAUUCUGCGGGAGGCAUCAUGACA